AUGGCACACAUGUGGAUUCUGCUCUGCUUCCUCACCGGCACUUCGUACGCGGCCGAGGUCUGCUUCGAUGAGCUGGGCUGCUUUGCGGACCUGCCUCCCUGGGGGGGCACUCCUCAGAGACCGGCCGCCGUCCUGCCCUGGCGCCCCGAGGAGAUCGGCACCCGCUUCCUCCUCUUCACCCCGAUGAACCGCUACUACCAGGAGAUCGAUACCGACCAGUCUGUCGCGAUAUCAAACUACAGCGGGAAGAGAAAGACUCGAUUCAUCAUUCCUGGUUAUUUGAAGAAUGGAGACGAGGACUGGCCACAGGAGAUGUGCAAGGUGAUGCUGAAGUGGCAGAAUGUGAACUGCAUCGCGGUGGAGUGGAAGAAAGGCGUGGCGGCUCCGUACGCCCAGGCCGCCAAUAACGCCCGGGUGGUGGCUGCCCGGGUGGCGUCCAUGAUCACGUUCCUGAUGAAUAACCUCCAGCAAACGGCUGAUAAGUUCCAUAUUAUCGGACACAGCAUUGGAGCUCACGCCGCAGGAGACGUUGGCAGCCGGAUCGCUGGACUCGCGCGUAUCACAGGACUAGACCCAAUUGAACCUUACUUCCAGGACACUGAUGCCUCUGUCAGCCUGGACACCAGCGACGCCGCCUUUGUGGAUGUCAUUCACACCGAUGCACUACCAUUCAACUCCAAGCUUGGUCUGGGGAUGACACAAUCUGUGGGCCACAUUGACUUCUACCCCAACGGAGGAGAACUGAUGCCCGGCUGCUCCGCCAACAAGGGCAAACCCACCGACCUGGAUGCCUUCUGGGAGGGAACCAAGAAGUUUGAUGCCUGCAACCAUGUCCAAGCCUACAAGUACUACAGCGAGAGCAUGAUUAAAAGCCAAGGCUUUCUAGGAUUCCCCUGCUCUGACAAGGACAGUUUUGCUGCAGGAAAGUGCUUCCCAUGCGCAGACAACACAUGUCCUCUGAUGGGCUACAACUCUGACAGGUUCCCUAUGACUGACGGCAUCUCAAAGACCAAGUACUUCCUCAACACGGGCAGUUCAACUCCCUUUGGCCGUUACAGCUACAAAGUGAUGGUGACCCUGGAGGGUCCCUCGUGGUCGAACCUAGGCGUCAUGCAUGUGGCCCUGGCUGGAGCAGCUGACAGCACCCAGGAGCACAAGCUUCAUGUGGGCGCGAUAACCCCUGGAAAGACCUACGAGAAGAUGAUCGACGCGGAGGUGGACGUGGGCGAGGUCACGGAGGUGAAGUUUCGGUGGAACAACCACAUCAUUAACAUCUUGAAGCCCAAGUACGGGGCAUCCAAGGUGGAGCUGCAGAGAGGAAAAGACAAGAAGAUCUUCUUCUUCUGUGGAACAGAGAGAGUGGUGGAGAACGGGAUCCAGAGUGUGCUUCCAUGCCAAGCUUAA